AUUAUGCGAAUUGCAAUGCUGGGAGUACGGAGUUACCAGUUACCACUGUAGUAGUAGCGAGAGAAGGAAUUAGGGGUUUUAGGGUUUGCGAUUGGGAAAUUGGGGAUUUAGGGAUUUUGUGUACAGUAGAAUGAAUUUGAAGAUGGAUUCUGAUAAAGCGAAGCUCUUUGUUGGGGGUAUCUCGCGUGACACCACCGAGCACGUACUCAGAGAUCACUUCGCCAGAUACGGCGUCGUUUUGGAUUGCACCAUCUCCUUGGACCGCACUACCCGAAUCCCUAGAGGUUUCGGCUUCGUUACUUUUUCCGAUCUCGCUGCUGCUGAUAAAGCUCUUCAGGACACCCAUGUCAUACUCGGAAGAACGGUAGAAGUGAAAAAAGCAAUACCAAGAAGUGAGCAGCAACACCAACACCAAAAUCAAGUACAGAACAGGGGAGCGAGUAACUAUAGUUGUAAUGACUGUAGCAGUGACAACAUUAGGACUAAAAAGAUUUUUGUAGGGGGUUUGUCUGCUGGUAUCUCAGAGGAGGAGUUCAGGAAAUACUUUGAGCGGUUUGGUCGCAUAACUGAUGUAGUGGUGAUGCAGGACAGCGUAACUCACCGGCCUAGGGGAUUCGGUUUCAUCACUUUUGAUUCUGAAGAGUCGGUACAAAAUGUUAUGGUGAAAAGUUUCCAUGAUUUGAAUGGUAGACAGGUGGAGGUCAAGAGAGCUGUUCCAAAAGAGGGAAACUAUGGUUAUGAUGGUUUUAAUAAGCUAAGAUACAGGAGUGAAAGAGGAGCCUCUAAAAGUUUUCCUCCUUAUAGUCCUAGCUGCGCAGUUCCUGGCUUUGCACCUCAGCCAUGGUAUAGUAAUGAUGGUGUUUAUGUCUAUGGAUCAAGCAAUUAUGGUUGGUACCCUAUGGGUGGGUAUGGAAGUAACGGAUAUGCAGUGCCGUCUGAUAUUUCUAGGAACUUCUGGUAUGGGCCCAUGAUAGCCAGUCCUCAGGGAUGUCAUGUGCCUUAUGCUAAUGCUUUCCCGAAUAUUGCGUAUAUGGGUGGUAGGCUAGGAGUAGUAGGUAAUGUAGUUGGAACUAGAGGGUACAAUGGCAUUCUUGGUGCUGCAAGAAAUAUAAAAUCUGAUCAACCUCUAACUGCCAAUGGAUUCAUUCCAGGCAAUGUGACAUUACAUCAAGUUGUGACUCAAGAUGUGGUCUCUUCUAAUUUGAAAGGAUCAAAUGGAGAAAUUUCUAGUUGACAGACUAAUAGGGUCAUUGAACCCCAAAUUCCUGUAGGUAUAUACUAUCUGACUGCUUCUGGGCUAUGAAAGGUUCGUAUAUUCUUUGCUAGAUAAUGUGAGAUACCUUCUUGGCUAGCUCUUCUGGUUAAUUUAGAUCUGUGAAGAUACCUUCUUAUGUGUCAUAAAUAUGUAGUUUAGCGCCCUUUCAUGCUUAAUGAUGGAUAUUCUGUAAAAUAAUUUUAAUCUUUUUUUUCCCUCUUUCAUAGUUGGUUCAAUUGGUUUGUUUGAA